AUGCCGUCAUCACGAACUAUUUCGUGUAUAUCAAUUUUAACAGUUAUUAUAUCAUGUAUUUUCGUUAUAAUUGGUAUCAUAGGUAUUAUUUUGGGACCUGGUAUACUUCAAAAACAAAUAAAUAAUAAUUUACCAUUAAAAGUUGAUUCUGAUCAACUUGAUUCAUGGGCGACACCACCGGUUCCAAUUUAUUUACAAUUUUGGUUAUGGGAAUGUAUUAAUAUUGUUGAUUUUAUUCAAGGAGCGAAACCAAUGCUUGUUGAACAUGGUCCAUUUACUUAUUUAGAACAUCGUACAAAAACUGGAGUAUUUUUUAGUGAAAAUUAUACAGUUACAUAUCGUCAACCAAUAUCAUACACAUUUUUACGUAAUAUGUCAGUUGAUGAUGAAAAAAUACCAAUAACAAUGGUCAAUGUACCAAUAGUUACUAUCAUUUCACUUAUUCGUAAUCAAUCAAAUAUAACACAAGAAAUAUUUAAUUUUGUUAAGAAUCUUUUUAAUGAAUCAUUAUUUGUUACACAUACAGUAGAUGAAUGGAUUUGGGGUUAUGAAGAUCCAUUACUUAAAGCAGCGAGAUUAAUACCUAUUGUAAAAGAUUUAAUACUUACUGAUCGUUUUGGAUAUUUUGAUGAACAAAAUGGAACUGAUGAUGGAUUAUAUACAGUAUUUACAGGUAGAAUAUAA